AUGGUGAGCGAUAUGGAAAGCAAGUUGGAUAUCUUGAACGAGGAGGCGAACGAACGAAGAGAAGAGCCGACGAUCUUUAAAGUCCCAGAAAUCCUUCGAGGAGUCGAUCCCGAGGCCUACGAGCCGAAGAUGGUCGCACUGGGACCCUACCACCACCACCACCACCAAAUUAAGGGCCAUCUCGAGGGCAUGAACGAGCUCAAAUGGCACUUCCUGAACAAGCUACUGCACCAGAACCCUGAGCUUGGCUUGAGGGACUACCUCAGACUGGUCAAGGGAAAUGCAAACAGAGCGCGCGAUGCUUAUGCAGAGCGACUAGACAUGAGCGAAGAUGACUUGGUGCAGAUCUUGCUGCUGGACAGCGUGUUCGUGAUCAUGAACUUGUGGCUAUGGAAGAUGGGCGAUGGAUAUGGAUCGGAGGCGAUGCAGAAUAAUCCAAGUGUAGUUAUGAACAUGCCGCGAUCACAAAGUCUGUUGGGGAGAGAUAUGCUGCUGCUAGAGAAUCAGCUCCCCUUCUUUCUGCUUCAAACUCUGUUUGACUCGGCAUUUCCCAACGAACAUAGCCAGUUGACGAGUUGGGUGGUCGAGUUCUUCAGUGCGUUCGCCGAUAAUGAUCAGAAACCGCCCAAAGUGCCUGAUCGCAGCGAAGUACAGUUUCAUCAUAUUCUUCACCUUUUCCAUUCUCUCAUCGUCGUCCCACCGAAGGGCAGCAGUACUACUACUGCAGGUCGAGCUGAUCAAAACAUGAGCGAUGAUCCACAAGAUCUGCAGUUAGGAUGGAUCCCGAGUGCAACGUGGCUGGAGGAGGCAGGAAUAAAGUUUAAGAGGAGGGAGAAGGCCCUGAGCUUUUUGGACGUCAGCUUUAGGAAUGGCGAGUUGGAGAUCCCUCGGAUCGAGGUCGACGACGACACGAACAUCCUGUUCAGGAACCUGAUCGCGUUCGAGCAGUGCUACGGGAAGGCGAGCACCGACGUGACGGCCUACGCCUCGCUCAUGUCUUGCAUCGUCGAAACUCCUGUCGACGUUGGAUUGCUCCAAAGGAAUGGAAUCAUCAUCAGUGGACUCGGAAGCAACAAGGGGGUGGCUAAUCUGUUCAACAGGCUCUGCAAGGAGGUGGUGGUUAACCACGACACGUGCUACAUCGCGAGCGUCUUCAAGGAGGUCAACGAGCAUUGCGGCGCCUAUUGCAAUAAAUGGCGUGCGGAUCUAUGUCACAAGUACUUCCGUAGUCCUUGGACAGUUUCCUCGAUUGGUGCCGCCAUUUUGCUCUUCCUAAUUGCCAUCGCGCAACUUGUUUUUGCUAUUCUUAAACGACAUUGA